AUGACAUACAUCUGGGAUACAAGGUGUUUGAAGGCGCCCAAGCAGUUAGGUCUUUGCAAGGCAACCAAUGUUGGCAUCGCCACAGCCAGCACGUCAUCUAUGGUUUGCCGUAUCAGUAUAAAUAAAUACGCUGCCGGACUCCGCGUUUAUGACUUCUCUUCAAUCCUACCCGACCCCGCUGGCGCUGGUGUCUGCGAGACAGCCUACUUCGUCAUCUAUCCCGAAGACGAUGUCGCACCUGGCGGAGGCGAGGUUACGUUUCCGGGUAGCUGGGCCUCAUAUGCAUAUUUCAAGUCUGAGUUCAUCUUUGUCGACAUUAUGGAAAGAGGUGGCUUCCUUGUCAAAAUGACGAAACGCGAAGCCUGCAAAUCAAAGACUUAUGAUGCCGACAGUUGUCCACAGGCCAUGCAGGCAACGAGCACUCCUGGACGCUUGGAAGAGAACGAUCAUUUGGCUGCGGUUCCGUGCUAUGCCACGGAGGCUUGUGCAACAACCAUCAUUUCGAGAGUUAGCGCGGCAUGUUGCUGUUUGCCUACGACGACGCAAAUCUAG